CACCACUGCGCUUGCGCCCGCCGACCACGCGCCCACGAUUGCCCGACAUGGAAGACGUAGCGAUGCGGGAUGAUUCGAAGGGUCUUUUUGCGGACUCUAGCUUUACCAUCAUACCCAAUGGCUUGUCGGACGAGCGCCUCAGUCAACUGCAAAACGAUAUUGCCGCCGCAAAUGGCACCAUAAUACCUUUUGAUGCCUCUAAAGGGCGCAUCGACCGACUCGAAGAGCUCAACUAUGUUAUAUCUACAACCUCCGAUUUCCCCGAUUACUACCGCGCGCUGGAUCUUAUGACCCAUGUUGUGAAGCCGACGUGGGUAGAUCAGUCCCUAAAGGCGAACAAGACGAAGAAUCCACGCACAUACAAUCCAGAUCCUGCGCUUUUCAUGAGCGAUGUCAUCAUAUGUUGUGCCAACUUACCGAGUGGGGACAAGGAAGCGAUACAAGGAGGUGUGCUAGCCAUGGGAGGGCAAUUCACAGAGCAACUCUCGAAAACAGUCACACAUUUGAUCUCGUUAGAUCUCGACGACCACAAAUGUCAGAUUGCUAUCAGCAAGCGCCUGAAUCUUACCAUUGUGUUGCCGCAUUGGUUCGAUGAUUGCUUGAAGGUUGGACGUAGGAUAUCGGAGCGACCAUACACACUACCAGAUCCCGAGAUCUUGAAUGUAGACCUUAGCGUCGUCCCCACAGCACGAACGAGCCAACAGAUACGCGAUGCGACCACUCCCGAUCCGAUAAACGAACCGAUUCCUCAGACGCCAUCCGCGCAAUCUGAAGCGCCUCGAGCGAUACGGGCGUUUUCUGGCAAAAAGGUCAAGCUGGGUGACGACUUGGAUCUGAAUGGCAGACUGAAGGGCAUCAUAUCAGGCAUGAUCAAGAGUGGUGGUGGAGACAUGACUGCCAGGAUCCAAGAGGCAGACAUAUAUGUAUGCAGCUAUCGAGAUGGCGAUGAUUAUGUCAAGGCAUCGCAGGACGGAAAAGACGUUGGUAAUCUCAGCUGGCUUUAUUACCUCAUCACACAGGACACCUGGACGAACCCCAUGCGGCGGCUGAUGCACUACCCAAGGCCUCGCAACGGCAUACCUGGAUGUGAGGGCUUCAAGAUCAGCAUAUCGAGCUACACUGGCGAAGCUCGUGUAUAUCUCGAGAACCUUGUACGGGCCACCGGUGCCGAGUUUACGAAGACGUUCAAGCAGGACAAUACGCAUCUUGUCGCCGCACAUAAGAACAGUGAAAAAUGCGAGGCUGCACAAGAAUGGGCUGUAAACAUCGUUAAUCACCUAUGGCUGGAAGACAGUUACGCUAAGUGUAAACUCAUGCCCAUAUCGGACAAUCGCUACACCUACUUCCCUUCACGCACAAAUCUUGGGGAGGUACUGGGCCAAACCGAAAUCGACCGCGACGCCACAGAAAAGAUGUUCUUCCCUGCAGCACGGAAGCCAGCAAAACCUGCCAAGGUAUCAGUGGUGCCUCCAGCCGGAUCAAUUGCACAUAGUCUGCCAAUCAACAGAGCAACAAGUGACUCGGUAGCUCGCAGCCCACCAGCAGCAGAGAAGGUGAAGCGCACAAAGACGAUAGAUGCCGACAAAACACCUCUCCGUAUGCAACACACCGAUGGGAAAGAGAAUAACACACCUGGAAGUCGAGGCGCCAAAGACCGGGCACUAUCAAAACUUCACAACGCCGCAGAUGAUAUAGCAGCCUUCGAAAAAGAGAUGAAGCGAAAAGGUGGCGUUAUACAUGGCGGGAAACGAAGAGCCGAAGACGAGAUUGAGGAAAAAGCCAAGAAGACGAAGGGGGGGCGUGAUUCUGUGUCGAGCAAACGCUCGGCAGACGACCUUGAUCAGGAUGAUCAAACUGAAGACGAAGAAACAGAAGCACCAACAAGAAACAAAAAGGCCAAAAAGGAAAAACUUGAACCGAUAAGAUACCGAAUGCUCAUAUCGAAGGAUGAACGAUGGGCGGGCAACUUGGAAAAGGAGUCUAAAGACAAAGCACGCUUAAGGGAGCUUGGGCUGUUCAUUACAGAAGACUUCAAGAAGAUUGACAUCCUUUGUGCACCGCACGCAGUACGAACGAAGAAGUUCGUUGCGGCCAUGGCAUGUGGGCCAGCUUUAGUCGGCUCAACAUAUCUCGACUUCGCCUUGAAGCACAACAAGCUUCCACCACCAGAGAAACAUGCCAUGGACGUACAAGACUUUGAGACGGAGCAUAGCUUUAGUAUGGCUGAGGCUAUUGAUCGCGCCCUUCAGAACAAGCAUCGCCUCUUCCGUGACUGGACUAUCUUCUGCACGGAAAAGGUGCCAGGAGGCUUUGAGACGUACAAAGACAUCAUCGAAGCCAACGGCGGCAAGUGCUCGCUCUGGAAGGGCCGUACCACCAACAUCACAGCGACAAAACGCCUCCUCAAUGCCUCUGCAGGCGAGGAGAGCCAAAACCAACAACAGGAUGAAGGCGAUGUGUUGUACCUAAUCUCCGAUGCUAACAGCAAGGAGUUCGCCAACUGGGCCAAAUUUCGCGAAUUGGCGAAAAAGCACGACAUGGUUCCUAGAAUCGUGAAGACUGAGUGGCUGCUGAUCAAUGCUAUGGCGCAGUACGUGCAUUGGAAGCCGGAGUGGGAGCUUACCGAGGAGGUUGUCAAAGCAGCGAAGUAAUGGUGUCAUUGAGCUUUCGCUAAUGACGAGCAGAGCGACAGGCGUUCGGGUACGGGCAUUGGGUUCAGGACAGCAUACAAGCGAUUUUUCGGCCAAAAGACAGUCCAUGAUGCUUGAGAAUCUUGGAUGGCAGACUUCGACACGUUUUUUGUCCAU